GAGACUCAGCAGCAGCAGCAGCCUUCACACUCGAGCCCUUUCUGGCUUGUACCCUUCAACAGGAACUUCUCAUUUGUAGGGAGAAAUGAAAUUUUUACGGAGAUUGAUCGAGCGUUUGAGGUACAGGACGGCAAUCAACCGAGAGUAGCGCUUUGCGGUCUUGGAGGCAUAGGAAAAUCUCAGGUAGCAUUAGAAUAUUGCUAUCGAAGACGCGGUAAAGAUGCCAACUGCUCUAUCUUCUGGGUAAACGCGGCCACAGUUGCUCGUUUUGAAGAGUCUCUCAACUACAUUGCGAGUAAAUGCGGUAUAAACACCUCGGAUGGCGCCAAAUCCGAUGCGGCACUACUUUUGAAGGACUGGCUCGAAGUUCAACAUGUAGGACCGUGGCUAAUGAUCAUUGAUAAUGUGGACGAUGGGGAUGCCUUCUUUCACGGAAAGAUGACAGUCGGCAAAACUCCUUCCGAGUGCAUUCCGAACUGCCAGAACGGGUCUUUGCUAUUCACCACAAGGAGCCGCGACUUGGUCUUCGACGGAGCGAAUCCCACACCCUCCGUCUCAAUCCACGAGUUGGGUAAAUCAGAAGGGCUGGAUCUCGUAAGAAAGCAAUUACGAAAUAACGAGCCCGAAAACCUGAUUUUUGAGCUACUUGAAGAACUCGAGUAUAUUCCCCUCGCCAUCGCCCAAGCAAUUGCCUUCAUGGUAAAGAAGCAAAUGACAGUUCAAGAAUAUCUAGAACAAUAUCGCAAGAGUGAUACAGUUAAGGCAAAACUUCUUAUCCAUGAUGGCUAUGCGCAACCGGAAAAUACCCUUGAGUCGGUAAGUAAGACAUGGAAACUAUCCUUCGAGUCCAUACGGGACUCAAAUCGAAAAGCAGCGGACUUGUUGUGUCUCAUCAACUUCUUUCAACAUCACGGAAUUCCCGCUAUUCUCUUGCAUAAUGGGGACGAAGUCGGGGAAGAUUUCCAUUUCCAGGAAGCUGCCGAGCUCUUGAAAGCUUUUUCGUUUAUUGAUGAGAGCGAUUCAGUGUUUAGCACACAUCGUCUCGUGCAAUUGGCAACAAGGUGGUGGUUGGAAGAAGAGAAACCUCAGGAGGUAGACAAAUGGGCUUUCGAAGCAUUGAAGUCCAUCGCAUCUCAAUUUCCCGAGCCAUCAUCACAACCAAAGCCGGAAUACUUCAAAAUUGGAGAAAUGUUGCUUCCUCAUGCCGAGUGGAUCCUGCAGUAUCAAUUCAAGAUGACCACAAAGGAUUCUGAGAUCAUCCGAGCGAGGUUACUGGCUUCAUCAGGAAGAUAUAUUCAUUGGAAUGGAAACUAUGACGAAGCACGAUUAAGAUUCCAACGAUCUUUCGAAAUAAAUUUCGUCUAUCUAGGCGAAAAGCAUGUCGAUACGUUGACUAGCAUGGGAUUACUGGGCUGGACUAUCUCCGUUUUUGACCAGGAUCUUUUAGGUCUUCCAAUUCUCCAAAAGGUGGUGGAAUUUCGGCGCGAAGUUCUUGGUGAAGAUGACCCGAGGACAAUUGACAGUUUGAGCGACCUUGCUACGGCUAUUGCUUUGACAGGGGAUUAUGAAGAAUCGGAGAGAAUGCAGCGUGAAGCUUUGGCCCGCAGUGAACGUGUUCUCGGGUUGAAGAAUAGUGAUACCAUGAACUGUAUGUCUCAUCUUGCCAAUGUUCUAGACGAACAGGGUAAGCCUGAGGAAGCAGCAAAAUUGCUGCAUACUGUCUACGAGACCAAGAAAGAGUUGCUCGGAAAUCUCCAUCCAGAUGUCCUCACUGCUGAGCAUAAUUUGGCCUUUAUGCUUUGCCAAGAUGACGAAAGAAUAGACGAAGCUCUAUCCAUCUAUCGUCGCAAUUUGAGAAAUAAGAGAGAAGUGCUUGGCCCGGCUCACAGCGAAACUCUUACAACAGCAUAUAAUCUCAUCACAUACCUUGCCUUGAACGAUAGAGUUUCAGAAGCAAGAGCGCUA